AUGGCGUCUAUCAAAGCUGGCUGGAGCUCGCUGCUCAUCCUCGUCCUCGUCCUGACCUUUAUGCCCGGCAGGGCUGCAGCCUUUGGAGCUGGCAACAUUCCCUCCAUUGCGCAGGUCGAAGGCCACAAUUGGAGACAUGGAGACAUUGAGGACAUGCUCAAGACCAUCGCCUUCCUCCACGGCAAGAAAUGGACGACGAUGCUCGUGCAGCGGACGUAUUUUGGCAACUGGCUUCGUGACUACUCGCAGGCCGUCGAUGUUGGCAGCCUCAAGGGCGUCAAUGGAGCGACGAUCCGCAUUCUUGUCUGGGUGCUGUCAUUUCUUGCCUUCGGCUAUGCCACGGAGGAGUUUGAGGUGACCGAGGAACGCCUUGGCUGCUACCGUCCCGAAGAGCACAUUGACAACCCCAAGGGUUAUGCGGACGGCGAGGAUGCGCGCCAGUAUGACUCGCGUCUCCGCGGACCCAUCGACCCGCAGGAGCUGGCCAUCGAUCCGGACACGGGCAUGAAGAACUACAUUGCCAACGAGCGGGGCGGCUGGGCCACCAGUGCGGGCUACCUCCGCUUCAGCUUUGCCCGGAGCAUCCACUUUGGCCGCACGUAUCUGCACGGCCAAGCAUCGGGAAAAGAGGCUGAUCUCUGUGAGGCUCUGCGGUGUCUCGGCCAGUCUCUGCACUGCAUGGAGGAUUUCAGUGCUCAUAGCAACUAUUGCGAGUUGGCUCUCAUCGAGAUGGGCUACAGCGAGGUGUUUCCGCACUGCGGUGUCAACUCGCAGAUCAACUUGCGGGGCAGACGGGUAUAUCCCAUUGUGACAGGCACAUUUGGCGGCGUCGACUUCCUGCACUCGGUUAUCGGUGAAGCAAACGACCACUUCACACAGUCGGAGGUGGACGAAGUGGACAUUGCCCUUAAGAACGCCGAGCAGCUGAAUCGGUCAGGAAGUCUGAGUGGCGGUGGCAACGGCACCCGAGGUCUGUUUGGGUCGUCGUCAGGGGACCGGGGUGACUUUAUGUCGCUCAUCUCGCAGCUGCCGGGCGUCGGAGGCGGAUUUGUGGCUGAGGCCAGCCGGCUGCAGUCGAUGGCGGCAGCACAGGAGGAAGAGAACACGCGGGCGGCCGGCAACGUGAACCAGGUGCCGGGCAUGAGCACCAACUUCGACCCGGUGUCGACGGCGCGCAAGAUCUACCCGAUCCUGGAGUUCCGCGACAAGAUAGUCAGGUCGAUCAACAACACGAUCUCCAAGAUCCCGGGGCUAGAAUCGCUGAUCGAGAAGAUCAGCGAGAGGCUGUCAGCGUUUGUGCUAGGCCUCCUCGCGCCAUUCAUACGGCCGAUCAUCAACCAGUGCACCAAGGUGCUGAAGGACGGGUCGUCGGGGGUGAUCAGUGCGAGUGCAAACACGCAGCUGGAGCCGUGGACGGACGCGCAGUGCACCGACCCGACGCACUCGAUGCUGUCCAAGGACCACUUUACCAACGUGCUCAACUCGUGUGCCGGCCGGGUGGCUGCGACGGUGCUUCAGUACGCAGUUCCACGGAUCCUUUAUGCGUGGGACAACCCGAAUGUACCGGUAGACGAGGUGGCCAACGACAUCAUCCGAGCGUUUCACCACCCAGCAAUACGUGACGAUCGGAUCCCGAUCCAGCAGCAGAUGUUUGAGACGGUGCGGCGGUGGGUGGGCGAGUACCCGCGCCAGCACGAGCUCAACCACCUGCUGUCGUCGCAGUCGGUCAAGACGGGCAAGAACCACAUUGUGAACGGGGUCAGCGGAGGUGGAAGCGGCAGCGCUGUUGGCGGGCACUCUCACGCAGGCGGACACUCACACGGCGGCGGUGGUGGGUGGCAGAGCACGCUGGGAAACCUGGGCAACAUGGGCAACAUGAGCAACAGCCAGAUGGCAAACACGAUCUUUUCGCAGUUCAAGUCGCGCGACCUCGACGCGAUGGACGGGCGAUCGGGCAACAUGUCGGACAACUACAUGUCGACAUCACCGGCGCCCAACCAGGCGUCUUCAUCUUCUUCGCCUUCGCAGCGCAGACAUCAUAUGGAUCUCCUGCAAGCCCAUCCGGCAGUUACCGUGCUAGUGGGGGAGGAGGAGGGGGCUACGGCGGAGGUUAUGGAGGUGGUGGAGGUGGUGGAGGGGAGUAUGGGUCAGGAGGGGGCAGCCAGGGAUAUAACUCCGGAGGGGUUCAGCAAGGCGGAUACGGCUCUGGAGGGCCAGUCGGAGGUGGAUAUGGAGCAGCUGGAGGCGGUGGAUAUGGUGGAUAUGGUGGAGGCAGAGGAUACGAGACAGGUGGCGGCAGUGGCCCUCUCGGGCCUCCCGGACCUCCAGGAGGACCAGGCCCUUCCUACCAGCAGCAAGGCUAUUAUGGCGGACCGCAGCAGCAGCAGCAGCAGGGCUACGGCAACUUUUACGGGGGACCACCUCCUUGGGGCGGCAACGGACCGCCACCACCAGUGCCACCUGGCUUCGGCUACGGAGGUCCACCGCCGAUGCCGCCGUAUGGCGCACCACCUCCUCAGGGAUGGGGACCGCCGCGGUAUUGAGGGAGAAACGCGAAGGAAGAGCUGA